AUGUAUGGGAAGUUCGAACAUGGUUAUAUUGUUACUGCGUCCACAUGCAUUUUACUUUUUCCACAUGCUUAUGUUCCAGCACACCAAAAUUUGUCGAGAAGUUGGAAGACUCCUGUGGACAAUUAUGGAACAAGAACUAGCUGUCGUUGGAGAAUUUCUGUCAAGGGCGUCAUGCUAUGGAGGAAGAAAGAUAAAAAGAAUUUAACAAUAAUGAAGAAGCAGGAGGUGGUGGACAUCAAUUUGGACCUGAAAGAACAGUUUCGAGAAGUACCUAGUUACUUGGAUGGGGAUGCUGCUUUAGGGGUUCGCCAUCAUCGUCGUCACAUGAGAAAAUAUGAAAUUAAGAAAAAUGAUUCGGAUUAUCUUAAACAAAAUAGGAGUGGCUACACUUUUUUCUUUGCUGAACAGUAUACAAAAUUGAAAGCAUUGCAUCUUGACAAAGAUAGGGAGAUCAGUAAAAUGAUUGGUGAUUCGUGGAGAAAUCUAAGUGAAGAAGAAAAAUCGGUUUACCACGAGCUUGCAUUGAAGGAUAAGGAAAGAAACAAAAAUCAUAGUUCCAUGACACAUAAGUGUUGA